AUGGACACCAGCCUCCGGGGAGCCCAGACUGGGGAAGCCCAGAGCAGGGCGGGGCUAGAGCAGGCCAGACGCUGGCGCCAUGGAGGAGUAUGCUCGCAAACCUUGGGAAUUCGACACUGCUUCAGAGGUAGCGUCAACGCUGUGAGGAUUCGAGCACCCCAGAUUGGAGGUAGCUUUGCAGUGUGGGGAGGCCUGUUUUCUACCAUUGACUGUGGCCUUGUACGGCUGCGGGGCAAGGAGGACCCCUGGAACUCCAUCACCAGCGGAACGUUGACUGGAGUAGUACUGGCUGCACGCAGUGGUCCACUGGUGAUGGUGGGCUCUGUGAUGAUGGGGGGCAUCCUGUUGGCCCUCAUCGAGGGUGUUGGCAUCCUUCUCACUCGCUAUACUGCCCAGCAAUUCCUCAAUGCACCCCAAUUCUUGGAGGACCCCAGCCAGCUAACCCCUAAAGAGGGAGCUCCGGCCCCAGGUUAUUCCAACCACCAGCAGUACCACUGA